UUUGACCUCAUCGUAGAGAAAGUGCCACAUUUUUAUUAAUUAAUUUGGUUGAAUAGCGUCCGUUAGUAGUUCACGUCAAUAAAAUCGGCCUUGUGCACACACGGCCGCGCACUUGGCGUUAUUUGCACUGGGUUAUGGUUGAAUUUUUUGACCCAUUUCAAUUCCCAACGUUUUGUAAGUAAUGUGUGCCCCAAAAUGGGCGAAAACCAGCAAAGCAGAUUCGAGAAAUCCCUCGGUUUACUCACCACCAAGUUUGUAAACUUGUUACAAAAAUCAACCGGUGGUGUUUUGGACCUGAAAGUGGCGGCUGAUUUACUCGCCGUGCGGCAAAAGCGGCGCAUUUACGACAUAACCAACGUCCUCGAAGGCAUCGGUCUGAUCGAAAAGAAGAGCAAAAACAGUAUUCAGUGGAAGCCCUACACGUACAAGGACGCGCUCCCGGGCUGCAACACGCAAGAGUUCGCCUUGAAAGUGACCAAUUUGAAGAAAGAACUUGCAAAACUUGACGAGUUUGAGCAAGAGCUGGACAAACACAAGCUGUGGAUUGAGCAAAGCAUAAGGAACACGACCGAAGACAUCCAAACCAAGCGCUACCUGUACGUGAACAAUGAGGACCUGUCCAAGGUUUUCAUGGAAGAUGAGACGGUUAUUUUGCUAAAUGCGCCCACUGAUGUCACCACGAUUGGUUACCAAAAAAAUGCAAACAAUGCCAAUUUUCUCAAAGUCCAGUCCAAGGGAAGCCCAAUUAUCGCAAACAUUUUAAGUCUAGCCCCGGAGCCCGAAAUUCGGGUUCCGAGGAAACGGCCCAAGGCCAGUGUUAAGACGGAAAGUGAGGAGCCAGAGAGCAAGAAAAGCCACUAUGAUGAGGACGUUCAUGGUGACUUGAUUGCGGCUGAAAUACUUUUCAGGAAAAUUUCUAGUGAUAUUGGCAAGGAGAGCAACGAUUGUGAGGAUUUACUGGCUGAAAAAGGGUUGUACCCACUGAUUGAUUUGAGCCCCUUGGGUUAUAACCAAGAUUACGCGUUCGGUUUGUUAGAAGAAGAGGGCAUUAGUGAUCUGUUUGACGUCACGUCGAUUCCUGUACAGUAGCAUUAAUUUGGGUUAAAACUAUUUGUAAUAAUUCAUGAUGUAGAAUUUAAUAAAUUCUUUUUUCUAUAAA